ACUCCAGCGACCCAUCUCAAGUCUAUAAAUAGCAGCUCUUGCAUUCCUCAAUAUUAUAGCAAUCACACACUCAACAUAUACAUUACCAUCUCACUGCUCUUUUUCCCUAUCGCUCUUAGUCAAGGUCAAGGCCAUCAAAGAUACGAUACAAACACCUCUUUCUCCCUUAAGUUAUGGAGAAACAACUCCCCACCUACGGCGAAAUCAUCACCGUCCUCAGCAUUGAUGGAGGAGGGAUUCGAGGGAUCAUACCUGGAACCAUACUUGCCUUUCUCGAGGCUCAGCUUCAGAAACUGGAUGGUGAAGAAGCGAGACUUGCUGACUAUUUUGAUAUCAUUGCUGGGACAAGCACCGGUGGCCUCGUGACUGCCAUGAUUACUGCCCCGAACCAGAAGAACCGUCCUCUUUAUGCUGCAAAAGAAAUAAAGGAUUUUUAUCUUGAACACGGUCCUAAAAUUUUUCCUCAAGACACAUCGCCACUUUCAGCAGCGGCAAGUUUGGUCAGAAGUAUAACAGCACCGAAAUAUGACGGAAAAUAUCUGCAUAAGCUCGUGAGAGAAAAGUUGGGACAAACACGAUUGAACCAGACACUGUCUAACGUCGUGAUCCCAACUUUCGACAUCAAGCGGCUCCAGCCAAAAAUCUUCUCCACUUACGAGGUCAAGAUUGACCCUUCCAAGGAUGCUUUUCUCUCGGAUAUAUGCAUCGCAACCUCCGCAGCCCCAACUUACCUUCCCCCUCACUAUUUUGAAACGCAAGAUUCUAAUGGUGUAGUAAAAGAAUUCAAUCUCAUUGAUGGUGGUGUUGCUGCAAAUGAUCCGGCUUUAGUUGCACUAAGCGAAAUGACCAAGGAAAUCGUUCGUAGAGCCCCCGAAUUCUUCCCAAUAAAACCAACAGAUUUUUCUCGGUUUGUUGUUAUAUCUUUGGGCACGGGUUCAGCAAAAUCCGAAGGGAAAUUUGAAUCUAAGCAUGCUGCCAAAUGGGGAAUUUUGGGAUGGCUGACUGGUGAAAACUCUACUCCCUUGGUCGAUGUUUUCACCCAAGCAAGCAGCGACAUCGCUGAAUAUCACCUUGCUGCUGUUUUCCAAGCCCUUCAAUCUGAAAACAGUUAUCUCCGGAUUCAGGACGAUACGCUAACGGGUCCGCUUGCAUCCGUGGAUAUUGCUACGAAAGAAAACUUGGAGAAUCUGGUAAAAGUUGGGGAAGAUUUGUUGAAAAAACCAGUUUCAAUGACCAACUUGGAGACCGGUAAUUUUGAGCCGUGUCAUAACAAGGGAACAAAUGAAGAGGCACUCGUCAGAAUGGCUCAAGUGCUAUCCAAGGAGAAACGGCUUCGUGACAUGAAAGUACCGCGUGGAAGAACUAGCGCAAAUUAAAAACAUGAAUUAAAUUGUUAAACUCAUCUUUUUUUUUAGUCAAUUUCGAAUAAAUUUCAGGUCG